GGGGGCGAUGGCGGCCGGGGGUCCGUCCCGGGACAGCCGCCCUCCUGACCCGGGCCUGCCCUCCUUCCCUCCUCUGCCCUCCUCCCCGCAGGCCCCGGACAAGCCGGAGAGGGAUCCGGCCGGUCCCGGCCUCUUCCAGACCAGCCUGAGGGUCCAGGCGACCGGGACCCCAGCCCCCAGGGAGCAGAAAUUCUCGGAAGACAUCGUGCUGAACAAGAUCAACGACCACUAUAAGCAGGGGCGGGACCACCUGGCCAGUGAGGAGUGGGAGAGCGCCAUACUGUGUUUCUCCAAAGCCAUCAACUUCAAGCCCCUGCCGGUGUUCUUCCUGAAGCGGGCCGAAGCUUACAUCCGACUGUGCGACUUCGGCUCGGCCACCCAGAACCUGCGCAAGGCCUGGACCCUGGGUGCUCGCCACAAGAAGAAUCUGCUGCGGCUCACCUUCAUCCUCUACUUGCAGGGCCAGUGUCUCUAUGAGCUGGAGUCUUACCUGGAAGCCCUGGAGCUGUUCACCCAGGCCAGGGAGCUACAGCCCCGCAAUGUCCUUUACCUCAUGUGCAGCGUCACCUGCCUGUGCAGGCUGAACCACCACAAGAACUGUCUCACCCUGGUCAGUAAGGAGCUGAAGACCAACACCCACAACCCGGACCUCUACAUCCUCCGCGCCCGCCUCUAUAACCACUUUGCCCAGGUGACACUGUGUUACCAGGACAUCCACAAGGCCCUAGCCCUAGAGCACCAGCACCCGGAAGCCCACAACCUGCUGAAGAAGCUGGUAGGGCAGGCCCAGAAAGCCCGGGAAGAAGCGGUCAGGCUGGCCUUGAAGGGCAACCUGCGGGAUUCGCUGCUGCGGAUCCACUGGGCUAUCGAGAACAGCCCGCUGGACCCCAGCUACUUUUUGUUCAGAGGCACCUUGUACCGGCGGCUCAAGGACUUCCAGGCGGCCAUCUGUGACUUCCACAUGGUCCUGGACCUGAUCCAGGAGUGGAAAGGCAAGGGGCCUGAGGUUCUGGCCCAGACGCAGAGGCAACUGCUCCUCUCCUACAACGACUUCGCUGUCCACUGCUACAGCAAGGGCUUCUACCGGGAGGCCAUCCUUCUUCUGAACAAGGCCAUCAAGGGGGAGACGACCGAGAAGGGGCUCUACCUCAACCGGGGAGAUUGCUUCUUCCAGCUUGGGGAGCUGAACUUGGCCCUCGCUGACUACCAGCAGGCGCUGGAACUGAGCCCGACAGAUCAGGGCGUCCAUGUCCGCUUGGGGAUGUUGCAGAACAGAAUGGGCCUCCAGGAACAGCAGAGGAGGCAUUUCGGCAAGGCAGAGGUCCACUUCUCCUCAGCCAUCGAGCACAACCCCGAGCGGGCCAACUACUUCCACCGAGCCAAGAUCCGCCUGCUGCUGCAGGACAUCGCCGGGGCCCGCCAGGACACUGCCGUCGUGCUGCUGCUCGACCCCAACCUCCCACAGGUGAUGCCCAUCAUGACAAACCUCUUUCCGGGCCAGUCCAAGGAGGAGGUGCUGAGUAGCAAAGCAGCAGAUCUGGCCCAAGUCAUCCUGAAACGUGUCACUCAGGGCCGCGUGUAUCCCGGGCUCACCACCAGCAUGCUCAGGAAGCCGUGGCCCCAGAAGACGGAGUACUGGCUUGCCAGACAGCUGAGGGCAGCGGGGCAGCUGAGGGCAGCGGGGCAGCUCCCGGGCCAGGGGGCACAGGUGGAAAAGCAGCCGGGCCAGAGCAGACGGGAGAACCUGGAGCCCCACGCCUUACCCCAAGGGAGCCAACCCUUAUCUGCGACAGAGUUGACCAGAGGACAGAGGCACCAGGAAGCAGAGGAGGCUUCGGACGGGAAGGGGCCGUGCGUUUGGCUGGCGUCCUCUGUGGGAGCAGACACGGAGGAGACACCCACAGACUCCAUUCCCUCAGAGAAAGAGGGAAGCGUCCAUCAUCCUCUGACCCCUGAGGGUUUGGGGAAGUCUCCCGGUCUGUGGCCGCAGGGCCUGCGUGGAGCCAGUCAGCAGAGCUUCGCCCGUUGGAGUCCCACACCCAGCUCCUCGGCACAGUCGGACACUUGCUCUAAGGAGGCCUAGGGACCGAGGGGCGACGCAUACCGGUCUUACACCAGCGGCUGUCAGGUCCAGGACAGCCUGCCCCUCUCCCACCACCCCUCAGGCCUGAAACCAGGCUGUGUGUCUGGAAGCAUGGUGGAUGCCCUCCUGAAUGCCCGAUUCCCACAGAGCCGUCUUGGAACCCCCACCUCGUCCCACCUGCAGGUAGGAGCCCACUGGGCUUCAGGCUCAGGGCCCUCUUUUUAUUAAUUUUUUUUUGGUAAAGAUAAAAGGAUUUGAGAACUGGCA